AUGCAACUUACCGAAUUGAUUCAUCAUAGUAGAUCAUCUACAUUACCAUCUAUAUCAGCCACCAACAGUUAUGAAAAAAACACCUUACCUUUACCUUCUUACAAUAGUACUGCUAGACAGGAACAAUUGCACUCACAAUCACAUUCCAAAGAGGCUGUUCCACAAGUGGCCAAGAGGAUAAGUUUACCACCAAUUAGUGAUCUUUUAUCUACUCCUCCUUCUCAACAACAAUUACCAUCUGUUGUUCACUUGCAACAACAAUCACAACCACAACAGCAGCAACAGCAUUAUCAAAAUGGAUCCCAAUCUCACUACAAUUACUACACUGCUACUUCCACCACCGCCAACAACAACAAUGAGUAUUUGAAUAGGUCUCCAAACCCAGGUUACAAUAGUACAUCAUCAUCAAUUUCUUCACCUUCUUCAGUACAAUAUCAAAAUCAACAACUGCAUUAUUUCCACAACCUACCCCAACAACAGCAACAAUUGCCUUCAAUAAUUCGUUCAAACUCAUACCCACAAUCGUCCCUCAACCAAGAGCCAAACUAUCGUCAACACUAUACAUCUACACACGAGUAUCAUCCUCGCCACCAACACAGCAACAACCAUAGCCAUUACACAACAACUUCAAACUCAUCAUCCACUACUAAUCCUACAGAUUCCAACGGCAACUCAUCCAAAAGGAAAACCAGAAACAACUUGCCUAAAGAAAUCACCUAUGUAUUGUUGCGUUGGCUCAAUGACCACUUGAACCAUCCUUACCCAAAUUCAUUUGAAAAGAAUCAAUUGAUGAUGGCAACGGGGUUGAACCAACAACAAUUGAGUAAUUGGUUUAUUAAUGCCAGAAGAAGAAAGAUUAAAACUUUGAAAGAACAAAAGAGAAUGAUGCAUUUGAUUUAA